AUGGGCCGAAAACGCACUCGCUCGAAAAAGCCUUCAAGGAUUUUUCAAUACAAAAGCCACGCUCAACCAGGUAGUCCUAAUGCAAUUGAAGAUCUUGCGACGCUCACUUCAAGCGAUCGAAAAAUCGCAAGCGCGGCGAAAACGAGUGGCCUUUAUAAAAUCAAGACCAAACCUCUCGCUCGAAUCCGAAUAUCAGCGCAAGACACGAACGCGGUACACAAGUGGUUCAAAAGCUAUCGACGCACUUUGAAGAAGAUGAAUAUUCGACUUAAAGAUAUCAUCAAUUUCGACGAGACUGGGUUCCGUAUUGGCUGUCCGCGAAGAACGGAAGUAUUAGUUCCUGGAUCUAUUCAAGAGUUCUAUAGUGUUAGCCUUAAGAAUCGAAGAUCCGUAACAAUAAUCGAGAUGAUCAAUGCGACUAGCCAAAAACCUAUUCCUUUAAUGAUUCUUAUUCAAAGCAAACGACUUAUGCAGCAAUGGUUCGUUUCGAACCUUCUUACAAGCACACUCAUUAAAGAAGCUGAUAAUGGAUUCACGGAUAAUAAAAUCGCAUUGCUAUACCUCGAGCAUUAUAUCAAAAACGCAGAUUGUGGACCGAAUAAACCUUGGAAGCUUAUGUUGAUGGAUAAUCACGCUAGCCACCGGACUCCGGAAUUCAUUAAUUUAGCUAAUAAAAAUCACAUUCUACCGUACCCGUUGAUUCCUUACCUCACUCAUUGCAUGCAACCUCUUGAUGUAAGGAUUUUCCAACCUUAUAAGCAUUACUACGACUUAGCGAUUAAAGCUGCGCUUACACAGCUCGACGUCGAGUAUACAAUCAAUUCUUUCUUAAACGAUCUCGACUAUAUUCGCAAUCAAACACUCAGUCGAUACAAUAUCAAAAAAGCUUAG